ACACUGAGUGCAAAAGUGACAGACGUCAAUAUGUUAAUGACCCAGUAGUUUCCAUCGCCUUGUUCCAUUUGGUACGCAGCCAUCUUUUGCGGCAUUUUGCACAAAAGAAGCGCCGAUUUUGUGACGAGCGAAGCAGUGGUGUUGUGUGUGGCUUGUUCAAAGUGCCCCAAUUUACUAGCGUGUCUGCCGAAGAAGGGAGCUGGGUGAAGCGCGAAGAAGAGGUGAGGAACUUUUUCGGCUGGCUGCAAGCUUGACGCGAUUUGGCGGGUGAUUGCUCUGUACGGAAGCAUCUGCAAAAAUGGGUGAUCGCGGAGAUGGAGCGGAAGCAUUCGAUGAUGCCGUCGAGGAGCGCGUUAUCAACGAAGAGUACAAAGUAUGGAAGAAGAACACUCCGUUCUUGUACGAUUUGGUAAUGACCCAUGCCCUGGAAUGGCCUUCGUUGACUGCACAGUGGUUGCCGGAUGUGACCAAACCGGAGGGCAAGGACUACUCGGUGCAUCGGUUGAUCCUGGGAACGCAUACGUCCGAUGAACAAAAUCAUCUGCUGAUUGCCAGCGUGCAGCUGCCAAACGAAGAUGCCCAGUUUGACGCGAGCCAUUAUGACAACGAGAAAGGAGAGUUUGGCGGAUUUGGAUCUGUGUCGGGAAAGAUUGAGAUUGAAAUCAAGAUCAAUCACGAGGGUGAGGUCAACAGGGCUAGAUACAUGCCACAGAACCCUUGUGUUAUUGCUACUAAAACACCAUCUAGUGACGUGCUGGUGUUUGACUAUACCAAGCAUCCGAGCAAACCGGAACCGAGCGGCGAAUGUCAUCCAGAUCUGCGUCUCCGAGGUCACCAAAAGGAAGGCUACGGAUUGUCCUGGAAUCCGAAUCUGAAUGGAUAUCUUUUAUCGGCUAGUGAUGAUCAUACCAUCUGCUUGUGGGACAUUAAUGCCACUCCGAAAGAACAUCGAAUCAUCGAUGCCAAGAACAUUUUCACCGGUCAUACGGCGGUCGUUGAGGACGUGGCCUGGCAUCUGCUGCACGAAUCCCUGUUUGGUUCGGUUGCAGACGAUCAAAAGCUUAUGAUCUGGGAUACCCGUUGUAACAACACAUCCAAACCAUCGCAUACUGUCGAUGCCCACACCGCCGAGGUGAACUGCCUCAGCUUUAACCCUUAUUCGGAAUUCAUUUUGGCCACUGGAUCUGCGGACAAAACCGUGGCCCUGUGGGAUCUCCGCAACCUAAAACUCAAAUUGCAUUCGUUCGAGUCGCAUAAAGACGAGAUCUUCCAGGUCCAAUGGUCGCCCCAUAACGAGACCAUUCUGGCUUCAUCCGGCACCGACCGACGGUUGCACGUGUGGGAUCUAUCCAAGAUUGGUGAAGAGCAGAGCGCCGAAGACACCGAGGACGGUCCCCCAGAGCUGCUGUUCAUCCACGGCGGCCACACCGCCAAAAUCUCCGAUUUCUCGUGGAACCCGAACGAACCCUGGGUCAUUUGCUCGGUGUCCGAGGAUAACAUCAUGCAGGUCUGGCAAAUGGCCGAGAACAUCUACAACGAUGAGGAACCGGACGUGCCGGCCAGUGAGAUUGAAGCGGGGGCUCCCUAGAGAGAUGGUCCCGGCAUUUUAAAUUAUAAACUCGUUUUAAUUCCCCAUGGUCACAACACAAAGUAUCGUAGAGCUGUAAGGUCGUAAUUCCAAAAAGCAAAAAAUAAAAAUGGCACCGUUUAAGGAAGAACAUUGUUCUGGUUAACAGGAAGCUACCUACGUAAGAAUGUGUUUUUUUUUUUCUCGACUGGAAAAAUCUAUUCCAAUAAAUGUGACAUUGUGCGGCGUGCGUCGCUUUAGCGUUAAAUCCUAGAGAUAAACUAUUUUGUCAAAUAAAGCACUAAAUUGUCUGAAAGUGA